UCUUGAUUGAUGGCCCCGUGCCCCAACGUCUCAACCACCAACCAGGCCGCAGGCAAUUCGAUCAUCGCCGCCAUUGCAAUCCACCACCAUCUACGUACGCAUCGACAUCACGCGCAACCCUGCUGCAACGCCCGCCGCGCCGCCGCACUCCGCCCCACGCACAUGGCAUAACCUCCGACAGGUCAAGCUCUUCCGGCCUCGACCUCGCAGGUCCUGGACUUGCCGCGGCGGUUCCCAACCCUCUGCGAUCUGUUCGCCCGCCGCGCCUGCGAGAAGAAUCGUCCACGACUCGGCCACGACUCCACACUGCGAUAACAAGAAGACAGACUAGCCUUGGCAGAUGGCAUACGGCGCAAUGGACCGUCCCGCGAGAGUCGAGUACGAGCCCCUGGCGGGGGCUGAGGACGAAGGCGAUCACGACCGAGGGCCGGAACCGCUCGAGACGUCGACGGACUUUGACGGCCACGCUCACGACCACAGCGCCGUCGUUGCCUUUUCCUGGAUCGAGUACGCCAUAUUCGCCUUCCUCGGCGUCGCCAUGCUCUGGGCGUGGAACAUGUUCCUCGCCGCAGCGCCCUACUUCGCAUUCCGCCUCGCCGGCCACGCCUGGGCCGAGGACAACUUCCAGUCCGCCAUCCUCACCGUCUCGACCCUCACCAACCUCUCCGUCCUCCUCGUCCUCACAAACGUCCAGCAGUCGGCCUCGUACCCGUUCCGUAUCAACCUCGCCCUCGUCAUCAACUCAGUCGUCUUCUCCCUCCUGACGUGCUCCACCGCCGUCUUCCUCGAUGCGGGCCCCGGCGCGUACCUUGGCUUCCUGCUCUUCAUGGUGGCCUGCUCCGCCUUUGCCAUGGCUCUGAUACAGAACGGCGCCUUCGCAUUCGCGGCCAGCUUCAGUAGGCCAGAGUACAUGCAGGCCCUUAUGGCAGGGCAGGGUGUCGCCGGUGUGCUACCCGCGGUGGCGCAGGUCGUCACGGUCCUGCUCUUCCCGCCUCCGACCGAUGGUCAGUCCACGCCGUCGAGGCGUUCAGGCGCGCACGGCGGCCAGACGUCCGCCUUUCUCUACUUUCUCGCCGCUGUGGUCAUCUCGGUCACCGCCCUCAUCGCUCUCAUCCCCCUGGUGCGGCGCCACCACCGCAUCGUUGAGAGCCGAAUGGCCGACCACAUGGCCGAGUCGAUGAACAGCAUCGAGGACGCCGAGCGCGCCGCUCGCAAGGCCACCUCUUUAUGGACCUUGUUCAUCAAGAUCCGCUGGCUCGCCCUCGGCGUUGCGCUUACCUUCACCGUCACCAUGUUCUUCCCCGUCUUCACCACCAAGAUCCGCUCAGUGCAGGAGGACAGGGGUCUGCUCUUCAAGCCGCCCGUGUUCAUACCCCUGGCGUUUUUCUUUUGGAACCUGGGUGACUUGGGCGGCAGGAUGGCCACCAUGUUUCCCUUCUCCCUCCAGAAUCGGCCCGUCUUGCUCUUCGUGCUCGCUGCGCUGCGCAUCGGACAGCUACCACUGUAUCUUCUCUGCAACGUUGGCGGACGAGGUGCCGUUGUUUCCAGCGAUUUCUUCUACCUCUUUGUUGUCCAGCUAGCUUUUGGCCUGACGAAUGGUUGGCUCGGCUCGAGCUUCAUGAUGGCUUCGGGAGAGUGGGUGGACGAGGGCGAGCGCGAGGCCACGGGCGGCUUCAUGGGCCUCUUCCUCGUUGUGGGUCUCACUGCUGGUAGCCUGUUGAGUUUUACCCUCUCAAGCAUAUAGACGGGUCAUGGCUUCGGCAUUCAGGCGUUCGAGCUUUGUGUGAAUAACCCUGUCUGGUCUUCCGAGAUGUCUUGAGCGAUAUAUACAACCUUUCAAGUCUAACUGUGCACACUGCACCAUACAAACAUGA